AUGGCCCAGAAUGAAACUACCCUUAUCCCAAAUAAACCCGACGAUGGCUCUACGCUAGACAGUGGUACGACACAGCCGAAUGACGAUGUCAAUGAUAGACACAUAGGCCUUCAAGAGUAUGAGCCAAAGAUCCAAGUUGAUUUGGGUCCUACAAAGCCUGCUACGCAAGAAAAGAGAGAAGAAGAACAGAGGCACGAUGACGGUGACACCGUCGAAGAUAAAGAUACCGAAGAGCCGGCCAAAGACGCCGAUGGCGAGAUGACAUCCCGCCAGCAAAACCAAUGGUCCUCGUCAUCCACACUUUACUGCCGCGAAAAUGGCCGUCUUCAUUCAAAUCUCCUCGAGUUUGGCAUUGAUGAAUGUCCCGCUUGUUACCAGAAUCUUGCUAGGGUUGGCCCUACGCUUAUUGAUUUGCCUGUCCGCGAGGAUAGGGAUGAGGACGAGGACGAGGAUAAAGAUGAUGAUGAGAAUGAAGAAGAGAAGGGGGGAAAUAGCGAGACGAACGAAACUUCAACAAAGAUUCCCGAGCACUUGAAUGUCACCCACACGGUCGAGUAUGUGGACAUCGGAGGCUACGAAAUUACUACUGUAGAAUGGGGUGGUCCCUUUGAACUUGAAAAAGAGUAUGCAAAGGCCUUGCAGUCAAGGUCCAUGCAUAACAAGCGAACCGUUUUUAAUGUUGUAACAGUGUUGGGGACAACCGUGCCGGCCGACAGCCGUCGCUAUAGCCAUGAGAGAAGUGAAAUCAUAGAAAGAGGAAUUAUUGGCAAUCCAGAGAUAUCCGUCACUAUCAAGUCCGUCAAGCUUAUCAUCUUAUCCCAGCUGGUCAUCGACGUCCUCAAAACCGUGGCUUCCUACGACACAGGCGAUCUACUAGAGGGUUCAAAGCUUGAACUCUAUGAGCCCUACCCGUUGAUGGGUCAUCAUAUGGAAGAACUUGAAGCAUAUAUGGGGCAGAUCGAGGACACAUCUACUGUGAACAACGGUUCGAAUGGCGCCAAGAAAGAAGCAAUUGCUGAAGUAGGCGAUAUCGACCAGGAGGCUCGCACACAUGUGAGCCUUGUUUUCGAUUUCAUAAGUCAAGUUCUGAGGGACCCGAUCGCAGAAGAGCGAGCUCGUUACCAGCAAAGCCAUCCUGUGUGCACGUACCGUAUGAUAUGGUACCUUUUCCGGCCGGGUCGCGCUGUGUAUACCAUGUCCGACGGGACGGCAGAUGCUUGUAUAGUGGACUCGAUAGAUAUGGGGCGCUAUUUUUCCCUCUCUUAUCCGUUCGAGUAUCUUCAACCUUGCCGUAUCAAUUUAUGGUAUCUCGAUUUCAACGGCCAGUAUAUCACGCGCGCCCGCAAGAGCGUUGUAAUACAGCCCUUUAAUGGCGAGAGACGUAUCACGUCGCUCAAUGCGGUUCCUUGCGACAUAUGGGAUAAACAUGACGCCGGGACCCUCCGUACCCAAUUAGAAGAAAGAGGUAAGAAGUGGAUUGGUCACCUUCCGGGUAAACAGAUUGAAUAUAAGGGUGAGCCGGCCAGGCCAGGCAAGACAAUGGUGACGGGCCGAGCCUACAUUGAUUGCGCUUCGUAUUACGAUCUGGGCCACAGUUUGGACUUCGAAACAGUCUCGCCUUCGGAUGAACCAAGUGAUGACGAGAGCGACUAUAACGACCUCAGCAAUACAAAACCCAAAGGACGAAGCACACGGUGGGCGCAAUACGACAAUAUUGACAUUAAAGAGUUCAAUAAACUUAGCGAUUCCUCUUUUCCACCUUACUAUAAGUAUUUGCUCUGCUCUCGAAAGCUCAAGGGGUUUAUGUUCAAUACACGUACCUGGCAAACCCUCGACGUGAGAUUUUGCCAGCCCUCCAAGCCCAAUCAAAACCCAUUCGGAAGGCUCGUUAUGCCCGAAGAAAGAAAGAUGAUGAUCAAGGCGCUUGUGUAUAAGUAUACGGACCCUCGUUAUGCUGGCGGUAACUCGGAGCAAGUUUGGGGCGCGGAUUUUAUCAAAAACAAGGGCGAGGGUCAGAUCUUCCUACUCCAUGGUGGGCCAGGAGUUGGAAAAACAUUUACUGCAGAAUGUAUCGCCGAAUUCACGGGACGGCCGCUGCUCGCUUUGACAAGCGGUGAUAUCGGCAUCGAAGAAAUCCAAAUGGAGCGCAAACUUCGUGAUUGGCUCAAGCUUGCGCACAAAUGGGGUGCCGUGAUGCUUAUCGAUGAGGCUGAUGUGUUCCUGGAGAAGCGGAUGAGCUCGGAUAUGAAGCGAAAUAGUCUUGUAUCAGUAUUCCUUCGCGAGAUUGAGUACUACCAAGGCAUACUUUUCCUCACCAGUAAUAGGGUGGGCUGCUUCGACGACGCGUUUGUAUCCCGAGUUCAUGUGGUGAUACAUUACAAGGAUCUUGAUGACGAAUAUCGUCGGAAGAUCUGGAACCAGUUUUUCGACAAACUCGAGGCUGAGAGAGGUAAGACGAUGCGCAUCGACAACUCGGCAAGACGAUACGUGCUGGAAGACCCGAAAAUAGCUAAUAUUAAAUGGAACGGACGAGAGAUCCGUAACGCAUUCCAAACCGCCGUCGCCUUGGCUGAGUACCGCUUUCUAACCAAGCCGGAGCUGGAAAAGAGCGAGGGUGAGAUUGCUAUGUUAGAGGAGAAAGACUUCAAGCAGAUCUGCGACAUGACGAUGCAGUUCAAGGAAUACUUGACGGUUGUUAAUGGAUGGAUGAACGAGCAAGCUCGAGCUGCUAAUGAGAGGAUACGGGCGGAUGAAAGGAUAUUAAAUACGGCCAGACCUGGCUACAACGAAGCUAACUUGUAGGCAAGACACAAGACACACUGAAGAGGAAUGGCUAAUGAAUGAUGGAAGAUGAAUGAUAACACCGUUCUAUUUACCUAGGAAGACUAUGUUACUGCUUUUCUUUGCAGACUUUCAAGAUGGAGAACCAACAACAUGUAGGUUAAGUAACGAUGAAGACAUUUAAGUACCUAAUAUAGGUACCUAAUGUAGGAUAUAACUAGUAUAACGACGAUAUGUGACUUGACAUGUCCUUGAUGACUGGUGUUUUCGGG